UUAGUCGGCCUUGGUAAUUAUACCCAUCCACAAACUAGACAUAGUAUUGGAAUGUUGGUAUUAGAUUACAUAGCAUCACAAUUAAACCUAACAUGGAAAAAAAAUAAAAAUUGGCAUGCUACCGUUACCAACACUACAACUAUAUACGUUGAUCCCCCUAAACGACCCAAAAUAAAACAAAAAAAGGAAGUAGAAACUAACGUGAAGAAGCAAGCAAAAAAAGAUACAAAUUCUAUUGAAGAAAAAAAUGAUGGUAUUGAUGAUAAAAAUAUUGUGGAGAAUGAAAAUCAAAAAAAGUUUGAUGAUAAUUUUCGAUCAGAAGAUAAUGUAAGUGUAGGACUUAAGACUGUUUCACCAAAACCAUCAAGAAUGUCAGAAUCAUUUAGACCUAGACCUAGACCUGAUCCGGUACCUUUGGAGAUAACAUUGAUGAAACCGUUGUUACUGAUGAAUGUUAGCGGAAAAUCGGUUUCUAAAGCAA